GCUUCGGGGAAAGCCGGCGCGGGGCGCGCAGGAGGGAGCGGCCGCGGCUGCGGGGCGGCCAAUCGGGCGGCGGGCCCGGCGCGCGCGGAGCCAGCGCCAUGGAGGGAGGCGCGGCGCCCGGCCGCCGGUGACGCGCCGCCGCCCGGCCGCUGUCGCCGAGCCCGAGCCCGAGGCGGCCCCGCGGCGCGGAGAUGAGCAGGUCGGCGGCGCUGCUGCUCUGUCUGCUGGGCUGCCACGUCUGGAAGGCGGUGACCAAGACGCUGCGGGAGCCCGGCGCCGGAGCGCAAGGUAGAGUGCAUUGGUGUCAUCACAGCAACCUCAAACUCCUGACCUCAAGCCAUCCUCCCACCUCAGCCUCCCAGAUUGAUAACAUUACAGGCUUGAGCCACCAACCCAGUCUUACAGGUUUUAAAUAGGUCACGCUGAAGGUGCAUGUCAGCGACGCCAGCACCCACCAGCCGGUGGCCGAUGCCCUCAUCGAGAUCUUCACCAACCAGGUGGCCAUCGCCUCCGGCACCUCGGGGACAGAUGGCGUGGCCUUCAUCAGGUUCCAGUAUAAGUUGGGCAGUCAGCUGAUCGUCACGGCCACAAAGCACGCCUAUGUGCCCAACUCGGCGCCGUGGAAGCCCAUCCGAUUACCGGUAUUUUCUUCACUGAGCCUUGGCCUGCUUCCAGAACGUUCAGCUACUCUGAUGGUGUAUGAAGAUAUUGUCCAAAUAGUAUCAGGAUUCCAAGGUGCCCGGCCACAGCCUCGCAUUCAUUUCCAGAGACGGGCCCUGCGCUUGCCAGAGAACACCAGCUACAGUGACCUGACUGCGUUUCUCACGGCCGCCAGCUCCCCGCUGGAGGUGGACAGUUUUCCAUACUUGCGAGGAUUAGACGGAAAUGGAACAGGAAACAGCAGCAGGCAUGACCUGACCCCAGUCACAGCAGUCAGCGUCCACUUGCUCAGCAGUAAUGGAACGCCAGUGCUGGUGGACGGUCCCAUCUAUGUCACCGUGCCCCUGGCCACACAGAGCAGCCUGAGGCACAAUGCCUAUGUCGCAGCAUGGAGGUUUGACCAGAAGCUGGGAACGUGGCUGAAGAGUGGUCUGGGCCUCGUGCACCAAGAAGGCAGCCAGCUGACGUGGACGUACAUCGCCCCCCAGCUGGGGUACUGGGUGGCAGCGAUGUCCCCUCCCAUCCCAGGUCCCGCUGUGACACAGGACAUUACGACAUAUCACACGGUGUUCCUUCUGGCCAUUUUAGGAGGGAUGGCUUUCAUACUUUUGGUUCUGCUGUGCCUCCUUUUAUAUUAUUGCAGGAGGAAGUGUCUGAAGCCCCGUCAACACCACAGGAAACUGCAGCUCCCUGCAGCCCUGGAGAGUUCCAAAAGAGACCAGUCAACUUCCAUGUCACACAUCAACUUGCUGUUCUCUCGUCGGGCGUCAGAAUUCCCUGGGCCACUGUCUGUCACCAGCCACGGCCGCCCAGAGGCCCCAGGCACGAAGGAGCUGAUGAGUGGUGUCCAUUUAGAGAUGAUGUCCCCCAGCGGAGAAGGAGACCUGCACACCCCCAUGCUGAAGCUUUCCUACAGCACCUCCCAGGAAUUCAGCUCUCGGGAGGAGCUGCUCUCUCACAAGGAGGAGAAUAAAAGCCAAAUCUCCUUUGAGAACCUGACGCCAAGUGGGACGCUGGGGAAAGACUACCAUAAGUCUGUCGAGAUUUUUCCCUUAAAGGCAAGAAAGUCCGUGGAGAGAGAAGGCUACGAGUCCCCCGGUAACGAUGACUACAGGGGGAGUUACAGCACCACUGUGCUCUCUCAGCCUUUAUUUGAAAAGCAGAACAGAGAAGAUCCCACAUCCACAGGGAGUAAACUCACCAUUCAGGAACACCCAUACCCCACGCCUUCAUCUCCUGAGAAAGAGCAGCUGCUGGACCGCAGACCUGCUGAAUGUAUGAUGUCCCGGUCAGUAGAUCACCUGGAGAGACCCACGUCCUUCCCUCGGCCGGGCCAGCUGAUCUGCUGCAGUUCUGUGGACCAGGUCAAUGACAGCGUCUACAGAAAAGUGUUGCCUGCCUUGGUCAUCCCCGCGCAUUAUAUGAAACUGCCAGGGGACCAUUCCUAUGUGAGCCAGCCUCUGGUGGUCCCUGCUGACCAGCAGCUGGACAUAGAGAGACUCCAGGCUGAGCUCAGCAACCCCCACGCAGGGAUCUUCCCCCACCCGUCCACACAGAUGCAGCCCCAGCCCCUGUCCUCCCAGGCCAUCUCUCAGCAGCACCUGCAGGACGCUGGCUCCAGGGAGUGGAGCCCUCAGAACGCUGCCAUGUCAGAGUCCCUCUCCAUCCCAGCGUCCCUGAAUGACGCAGCUUUGGCGCAGAUGAACAGCGAGGUGCAGCUGCUGACCGAGAAGGCGCUGAUGGAACUUGGGGGUGGGAAGCCACUUCCACACCCCCGGGCGUGGUUUGUCUCCCUGGAUGGAAGGUCCAACGCUCACGUUAGACAUUCGUACAUCGAUCUCCAAAGAGCCGGAAGGAAUGGAAGUAACGACGCCAGUUUGGACUCUGGUGUGGAUAUGAAUGAACCCAAAUCUGCCCGAAAGGGAAGGGGAGAGCCUUUGUCUCUGCAGCAGAGCCACCCCCCACCUGCCCAGGAGCACCAGCAGAAAGAAGGCAGGGCCCCGGACAGCACGGCCUACACGCAGCUCGUGUAUCUGGAUGACAUGGACCAGAGCAGCGGUGAGUGUGGGACCACCGUCUGCACGCCCGAAGACAGUGCCCUGCGAUGCUUGCUGGAAGGGGCCAGCCGGAGAAGUGGCGGCCAGCUGCCCAGCCUGCAGGAGGAGACAAGCAAACGGGCUGCGGACGGCCCCCCGGAGCCCUUGACCAGUCCCCACCAGGGAAGGUCUGCUCACGAGGAAGACGAAGAUGACGACGAUGACGACGACCAAGGAGAAGACAAGAAAAGCCCCUGGCAGAAACGGGAGGAGAGACCCCUGAUGGCAUUUAACAUCAAAUGAGCUGUCUCAGAUCCACACGCCUGUGGAAUAUAAAAUUGCCAAAUACCCUUUCUUAUGGAAGUGCGUUACCUGGGGAUGGAAGGAAUUGAAGGGCGGCCACCAAGGGACGUGGACAUUCACUGCAUCACUGUUUGCUGUGUAAAUGUUGGGGCAGAAUCAAGGUCGUCUCUCGGAAUAGAGGAUGACUCUGGUGGACACCACCCCUCCAGGGACACGGCCCGAUUGCAUCCGAGUGUCCACAGACUUGACCUGUCCACUGCCGGGGACGCUGAGAAACCCGCAGGUGAUGUCACUCCCCUCCAAUGAUCACCUCACUUCUCCCUCAGAUUCUGGGAACAGAUGAAACUCCUUCUGCAUUGCUUGAAUCCGUUUUAUCCCAAUAAUGCUACUGUGAAGCUAUUAUUGAGAAAUUCAGCGGGCACCCAGUGCCCCAAGGAAUGCGUUCUCUCAAAGGAGAACUAUGCGUUGCUGCUCCGUUCUCUGAUUUCGCUUAGAUAUUGCUUUGGUUAAGUUUCAUUUGGCAUUUUGCCUCUUUUUUUUUUUUUUUCUUCUUUGCUUUUUUUUUUUUUCCUCUGGAACAUACAAUUUGGUUGUAAAGAUUUUAUUCCUUUGUUUUAAUCUGUUCUACUUCUCAGUGGUUUAUUUCAGUAUCUCCCUCUGGGAACUCCUGAGAGUCAUCUCUUAACAUCCAAGCCUUUUAAACGAAAUCUUACUGAGAUUUUUUUUUUUUUUAAUCUAUCAGAUAAGAGUCCUUCAAUUCUGGUCCCAUUAACUCCAAGUGCCUUUUUUACAGUGACAACAGACUGUCCCUCGCUUUUGUUGUUUUUCCGAACCCCUUUAAUUAAACUGCCUGGAUUUUAUAAAGUUACUCAAUGAUAACUCCUUUCUUUAAACUGCAUGCGGCCAAGUGCCACUGGGCUCAGCUUCCUCUUCUCAACGCAGUGUACUCUCUAGUUAUCAUGUGUAACGUGGGUUCUGUUUAGCUAAGAUAGACGAGAGGACGCUGUAGAGAUGCCCUUCCCCACCCCACCCCUUUGGCCACUAGCCACCAUUAUGGUUUUAUUGGCUGUUUGUAUAUACGGUGACGUAUUAACUCUGGAAUUCUAUGGGCUGAUCGUGUUCACCCAACAUGAGCGUGUGGACUGAGCAAGUGGGCUGAAUGUGACUAUUAAAAAAAAAAAAAUCUUAUGUGCUAUCCAGAAGUGCCAGAAUGACUCUUCUGUGCAUUCUCCUUAAAGAGCUGCUUGGUUAUCCAAAAAUGAAAAUUCAAAAUAAACUCUGAAGAAAAA